AUGAACACUUUACUAUAUAAACGGCGUCUCCAAUUCAACAACAUCUCAUUCUCACUUACUUCUUUUCUUUUUUUGUGUUCUUGUUUAGAAGAAGCAAUGGCCACUUCAGCAAUCCAACACUCUUCUUUCGCUGGCCAAACGACCCUAAAGCCAUCCAACGAUCUCCUCCGCAAAAUCGGAGCCUCCAAUGGCGGUGGCCGCAUCAUCAUGCGUCGUACCGUCAAGUCUACUCCUCAGAGCAUCUGGUACGGACCAGACCGUCCCAAAUACCUAGGACCAUUUUCCGAAAACACACCAUCAUACCUAACCGGAGAAUACCCUGGAGACUACGGUUGGGACACCGCUGGUCUCUCAGCCGAUCCAGAAACAUUCGCAAAGAAUCGUGAGCUCGAAGUGAUCCACAGUAGAUGGGCAAUGUUGGGAGCUUUAGGCUGCACCUUCCCUGAAAUUCUCUCAAAAAACGGAGUCAAAUUCGGUGAAGCCGUGUGGUUCAAGGCAGGAUCUCAAAUCUUCUCAGAAGGAGGGCUUGACUACCUCGGAAACCCUAACUUGAUCCACGCGCAAAGCAUAUUAGCUAUAUGGGCGUGUCAAGUUGUGCUAAUGGGAUUCAUUGAAGGGUACAGAAUCGGAGGUGGUCCUCUUGGGGAAGGGCUUGACCCGCUUUACCCGGGCGGGGCCUUCGACCCGUUGAACUUAGCGGAGGAUCCAGAAGCGUUUUCAGAGUUGAAAGUGAAGGAGCUUAAAAACGGUCGUCUUGCUAUGUUCUCAAUGUUUGGAUUCUUUGUCCAAGCCAUAGUUACCGGUAAAGGUCCGAUCGAAAAUCUGUUCGAUCACAUUGCAGACCCUGUGGCUAACAAUGCUUGGGCUUACGCCACCAACUUCGUCCCCGGAAAAUAGAGUUUGAUCGGAUAAUUUAUGUAAAUUAUAUCUUUUAAACAUUUAUCAAUGCAUUAAAGUUAUCCCUAUAUUUGAUACAUCGGUUCCAUUUUUUUUUUUUUUGCUUUGGUUAGAAUUCUCGUUUGCUAGCAACUUGGCAGUACGUUUAAAAGGCUAAGACAUUCGAAACAUAAGACACUGAAUUACAAGGCAGUUAUAAACGUGCUUAAGUUUCCAAAUUCAAUAGUUGAGAGACAUUGAAUUACAAAUGUUUGUUUAUCUACAACUGUCCCUAUGCUAAAACUGAAUGAAAAAACAAUGUAGUUGCAAGAUUCUAAAUCUAGGGAAAAAAUAAUACAAGUCUACCAAAACACUGCAUAAACUUUCAAAAUGGCUUCCGAUUCUGGAUUCCACAAUUUUUUUUCUAAAUGACAAGGAAUCAAAAUGUCCAGACUAUUUACAACAGAAAUUGAAAUAAUUAUAGCAGCUAAUGACUGAAAAAAAGGAACAAAGAUCUGCUGGUACAAAGACCCAACCAAAUGUUCUUGGAAGGCCAAAUGUAACAAUACACUUCUUUUUUUUUUUUUUU